GCGGUGGCGGCGGCUGAGGCGGCAGCUGUGGCGGCGGCUCAGGAGGCCGCACUCCUGGUCGUGGCCUCGGCCCCAGUCCCACCAUGGUGACCCUUGCCGAGCUGCUGGUGCUCCUGGCCGCGCUUCUGGCCACGGCCUCGGGUUACUUCGUCAGCAUCGACGCGCAUGCCGAGGAGUGCUUUUUCGAGCGGGUCACCUCGGGCACCAAGAUGGGCCUCAUCUUCGAGGUGGCCGAGGGCGGCUUUCUGGACAUCGACGUGGAGAUCACAGGGCCUGAUAAUAAAGGAAUCUAUAAAGGAGACCGAGAGUCCAGUGGAAAAUACACAUUUGCUGCUCACAUGGAUGGAACAUACAAGUUUUGUUUUAGCAAUAGAAUGUCCACCAUGACUCCAAAGAUAGUGAUGUUCACUAUUGAUAUUGGAGAGGCCCCGAAAGGACAAGACAUGGAAACAGAAGCUCACCAGAACAAGCUAGAAGAAAUGAUUAACGAGCUAGCAGUGGCCAUGACAGCUGUAAAGCAUGAACAGGAGUACAUGGAAGUCCGGGAGAGAAUACACAGAGCAAUCAAUGACAACACAAACAGCAGAGUGGUCCUUUGGUCCUUCUUUGAAGCUCUUGUUCUAGUUGCCAUGACAUUGGGACAGAUCUACUACCUGAAGAGAUUUUUUGAAGUCCGGAGGGUUGUUUAAAAAGCCUUUUUCUGAUGAUCCCAAACUCAUAACUCACUGUUUACCAAACAUCUUGGUCACAAUAAUGUCAUUAGUUUCUACAUUUUUAUUUUCUGGCUGUACAUUCACAGCUUAUGUUUCUUUGUGAUGAAUAGAUAUUGGGGGAAA